CGCCAACCUGCCCAACAUUUGACGCGAGGGUGUAUGUAUUCAUGGGCUUCAGCUGGUACCUCAUACACCGCACCUUUCCAUUUCUCUCCGUUUCAAUUUCCAGUCCAGUCCUGAUCCUUUACCCCUUUUUCCACCCCAUCCACCGAUCCGCUCAUCCCUACUGACACCUUAGAACACGACAUCAUCGGGGGCAUCCAGCAACGCACGCAACCAUGCCACACCCACCAUCAACCAGGCUCACCCGCCUAGCGCGAACCGCCCUGCUCGAAUCCGGCCUCCCCUCCGUCUCGGCCACGGGCCGCGACGCCGUCCUCGUCAUACUCGCCCGCACAUGCCGCAUGUUCGCCUACGGCGCCUCCUCGCUCGUGCUCGCCCUCUUCUUCGCUUCUCUAGGCUUUUCGGACUAUCACAUCGGCCUGUUCAUGACACUGACCUUACUGGGCGACGUCCUCCUAGGUCUGGGGCUGACCCUCGUGGCGGACGCGAUCGGGCGGCGGAGAACGUUGGUGGCCGGGUCGGCGCUGAUGGUCGUGAGCGGCGUGGUGUUUGCCACGUGUGAGAGUUUCUGGGUGCUGCUUGCGGCGGCAGUGGUCGGCGUCAUUAGCGCGACGGGGGCGGAUUUUGGGCCGUUUCGGGCCGUGGAAGAGUCGAUUGUUUCCGAGUUGACGACGCACGAACAGAGGGCGGACGUGCUGGUUUGGUAUGUCACGCUGGCGAGCCUGGGCAGUGCGGCGGGGACUGAGAUGAGCGGGAGGAUUGUGGAGGCGUUGAGAGCGAGGGAGGGGUGGCGGUUGGUGGAUGCCUAUCAUGGGUGUUUCUGGCUGUAUGCCGUUAUGGGGGUUGUGAAUAUGGCGUGUGCGCUGAUGCUGUCUGAGAGAUGUGAGUUGAGGGGCGGGAAGAGGAAGGGACGCGAGAGGGAGACGGAACCGUUGCUGAAUGAUGAGCAGCAAUCGGAUGAGGGAACGGGCCGGAACGGGGCCGAGGUGAAGAAGACCCGGACAGGCUGGGUGUCGCAGAUCUCUCGCGAGACGCUGUCCAUUAUGGCCGUCCUCUGGUUCCUUCUCAUGGUCGACUCCCUCGCUGACGGCAUGACUCCCAUGACUUUGACCUCUUACUACGUCGAUCAGAAGUUCCACCUCCCCAAGUCUGCGCUCGGCGACAUCGUGUCGGCGAGCUACUUCCUGUCAUCGCUCUCCAACAUCUUCGCCGGACCCUUGGCCCGGCACAUCGGGCUCGUCAACACCAUGGUCUUCACGCACACGCCCUCCUCGGCCGCCGUCUUGCUGUUUCCCUUCGCCCAGACGGUCCCACUCACCUUCGCGCUGCUCCUCCUGCGCAUGGGGCUCAACAACAUGGACCAGGCACCCCGCUCAGCACUGAUUGCGGCCGUGGUGAGGCCCGAGGAGCGCACAGCGGUCAUGGGCAUCACUAGCAUGCUGCGGACACUCGCCUCGACGACAGGCCCGAGCAUCACGGGUCUCUUGGCCGGCAACAACAGGUUUCGGGUGGCGUUUGUGGUGGCGGGGGCACUGAGGCUGGCCUACGACGUCGGUCUCUUUGCCAUGUUUAUCAACAUCAAACUGCACCAGUAUGAGACGGCUGAAGAUGAGGCUGUGGAGCGUGCAGAGGACCAACCUCAUGAGUCAACUUCGUCCCAAGCGGAAGCCUGACUGGUGGUCGAGAAGACAUACGAGCUGUAAGCCCUAUAAACUGUACAUGGGAGUUUGGAUACAUGGACACGCAAGACAACUCGCUACGGGCAUGACGGUCAGCCCGUUAAGUGCAAUGAGACCGGAAUAUGCGGCAAACACAGAUGUGGUUCUGUGUGGUAUAUGUGAUGCAGAUAUCUCAUGUGAUCAGUAUCAUAAUAAACUUCGCGACUUUCUUC